CUUCUAGCUGGGAUUACCGUUCUCACACCUGUCACCACUGAUGUCCUCUCAAGGAUGGAGGACGAGGCAGUACUGGAUAGAGGGGCUUCAUUCCUUAAACAUGUAUGUGAUGAAGAAGAAGUGGAAGGUCAUCACACUAUUUACAUUGGGGUCCAUGUGCCGAAGAGCUAUAGGAGAAGGAGGCGUCAUAGGAGAAGACCUGGACAUAAAGAAAAGAAAGAAAAGGAGAAAAUCUCUGAGAACUACUCUGACAAAUCAGACGUAGAAAACGCUGAUGAGACAAGCAGCAGCAUCCUUAAACCACUCAUCUCCCCCGCUGCCGAACGCAUCCGCUUCAUCCUCGGAGAGGAAGAUGACAGCCCGGCACCCCCGCAGCUCUUCACGGAGCUGGAUGAACUUCUGGCCGUUGAUGGACAAGAGAUGGAAUGGAAGGAGACUGCAAGGUGGAUCAAGUUUGAGGAGAAGGUAGAACAAGGUGGGGAGCGAUGGAGCAAACCUCACGUGGCUACCUUGUCCCUGCACAGCUUGUUUGAGUUAAGGACGUGUAUAGAGAAAGGGUCAAUAAUGCUGGAUAUGGAGGCUUCUAUUUUUGUUAACCCUGAUGAUGGUUUCACUGAUGAAAUGAUCGUUGACAAUCACAUCGAGACGGGGCUCUUGAAAUCAGAACUGAAGGACAAGGUCACCUACACGCUACUCAGGAAGCACCGGCAUCAGACAAAGAAGUCCAACCUGCGCUCUCUGGCUGACAUUGGAAAGACCGUCUCCAGUGCAAGUAGGAUGUUUACCAACCCCGAUAAUGGCAGCCCAGCCAUGACUCACAGAAACCUGACUUCCACCAGUCUGAAUGACAUCUCUGACAAGCCUGAGAAAGAUCAGCUGAAGAAUAAAUUCAUGAAGAAAUUGCCCCGUGAUGCUGAGGCAUCUAAUGUGCUGGUGGGGGAGGUAGACUUCCUGGAGAGUCCUUUCAUUGCCUUCGUCCGGCUGCAGCAGGCGGUCAUGUUGGGUGCUCUGACUGAAGUCCCCGUACCUACCCGAUUUCUCUUCAUUCUGCUGGGACCGAAGGGCAAAGCAAAGUCCUAUCAUGAGAUCGGCCGAGCCAUUGCCACUCUGAUGUCAGAUGAGGUGUUCCACGACAUUGCCUAUAAAGCCAAGGACCGGCAGGACCUAAUUGCUGGCAUUGAUGAGUUUUUGGAUGAAGUCAUUGUGCUCCCCCCUGGGGAAUGGGAUCCAGCCAUUAGGAUAGAGCCACCCAAGUCUCUUCCUUCUUCAGAUAAAAGGAAAAACAUGUACUCCGGUGGAGAAAAUCUGCAGAUGAAUGGAGACACGCCUCAUGAUGGAGGACACGGUGGUGGGGGCCACGGGGACUGUGAAGAGCUACAACGAACUGGCAGAUUCUGUGGUGGCUUAAUCAAAGACAUAAAGAGGAAAGCACCGUUCUUCGCCAGUGACUUCUACGAUGCUUUAAAUAUUCAAGCCCUUUCAGCCAUUCUUUUCAUCUACCUGGCCACAGUGACCAACGCUAUCACUUUUGGAGGAUUACUUGGUGACGCUACAGAAAACAUGCAGGGCGUGUUGGAGAGCUUUCUGGGCACAGCAGUCACCGGUGCGAUAUUUUGCCUUUUUGCUGGUCAGCCACUCACAAUUUUGAGCAGCACAGGACCUGUCCUUGUCUUUGAACGGCUUCUCUUUAAUUUCAGCAAAGACAAUGGUUUUGACUACCUGGAGUUUCGUCUUUGGAUCGGCCUUUGGUCAGCCUUCCAGUGUCUCAUUCUCGUUGCUACUGAUGCCAGCUUCCUGGUCAAGUACUUCACUCGCUUCACUGAAGAAGGUUUUUCCUCCCUUAUCAGUUUCAUCUUCAUUUAUGAUGCUUUCAAGAAGAUGAUCAAGCUAGCAGAUCAUUACCCGAUCAACUCCAAGUUCAGGGUGGACUACAUCACGCAUUACUCUUGUGCCUGUGAACAAUUAGAUCCAGUUAAUAGCUCAUUAUUUAACAGGACAACAGUGCCGUCAGCCGAUGGGCAGUUCUAUUCCUCUGCUGAGAUGUACAACAUCACCAUUGACUGGUCAUCUCUGACAUCGAAGGAGUGCUUGAAAUAUGGAGGACAACUUGUGGGCAACAACUGUGAAUAUGUCCCUGACAUCACUCUCAUGUCUUUCAUCCUCUUCUUUGGCACUUACACAUGCUCCAUGGCCCUGAAGAAAUUCAAGACCAGUCGCUAUUUUCCAACCACUGCCCGGAAGCUCAUCAGUGACUUUGCCAUUAUCUUAUCCAUUUUGAUUUUCUGUGGAAUAGAUGCCCUGGUAGGUGUGGACACACCAAAACUAAUUGUGCCAAGUGAAUUCAAGCCAACCAGUCUCGAGAGGGGUUGGUUUAUCCCACCUUUUGGAGGGAACCCAUGGUGGGUGUACCUGGCAGCAGCCAUCCCUGCACUGCUGGUGACUAUCCUCAUCUUCAUGGACCAGCAAAUCACAGCUGUCAUCGUCAACAGGAAGGAGCACAAGCUCAAGAAAGGUGCUGGGUAUCAUCUGGAUUUGUUCUGGGUGGCCAUUCUGAUGAUCGUAUGCUCCUUUAUGGGUCUCCCCUGGUAUGUUGCUGCUACCGUGAUCUCCAUUGCUCAUAUUGACAGCUUGAAGAUGGAGACGGAAACUUCAGCCCCUGGAGAACAGCCCAAGUUUUUGGGAGUGAGGGAGCAGAGAGUCACUGGAUUCAUUGUUUUCAUUCUGACUGGUGUGUCUGUCUUCAUGGCUCCCAUCCUAAAGUUCAUUCCCAUGCCUGUGCUCUAUGGCGUCUUCCUCUACAUGGGUGUUGCUUCCCUCAAUGGCGUGCAGUUCAUGGAUCGUCUGAAGCUGCUCUUGAUGCCUCUAAAACACCAGCCUGACUUUAUUUACCUGCGCCAUGUCCCGCUGCGCAGGGUCCAUCUGUUCACCUUCCUGCAGGUGGUGUGCCUGGCCCUCCUCUGGAUCCUUAAGUCGACCGUGGCUGCUAUCAUAUUCCCUGUCAUGAUCUUGGCACUUGUAGCAGUCAGGAAAGCCAUGGACUACCUCUUCUCCCAACAUGACUUAAGUUUUCUUGACGACGUCAUUCCAGAAAAGGACAAGAAAAAGAAAGAGGACGAGAAGAAGAAGAAAAAGAAGAAGGGCAGUGUGGACAGUGACAAUGAUGAUGAGAAAAAUCACCAACAUUCCUUGAACGCCAUACGUCGUGCUGAUACAAUUCCUUUCCUUCAGUCACACACCAUGCCAAGCCCUCCACGAACUCCAGUAAAAGUUGUGCCUCAAAUUAGAAUAGAACUUGAGCCUGAAGACAAUGGUUAUUUCUGGAGGAGCAAGGGAACAGAAACUACUCUGUAA